AUGAAGAUGCCAAAGAUAAAGAAGCGGUGGAAAAUUAUGUGGAGGAGAGAAAGCUGUGGUCUGAAAGAGCUUGCUCAUAUUCUUGGGAGAUGCUUUUGGGCUAUAAGUAUAUUAUUGCGAUUCCAUGGAUUUACAGAGAUCCUUCUCAACGGACACCACAAAACCAUUGCUUCAUUUGGAACCAUGCAUCAUGAUCCAGUGGAGAAAAUGGAUGCCGGAACAAACAUGAAGCGCGUAGAUGAGGUUGAGGAGGAGGAAUAUUCAUUGCGUGUGACACAGAAUUCAGGGUUUCGCAUAACAGAUCAGCCUCUAAUGUUCUUUAUCAAAAUGUCAAGCUUCGCUUUUAUUUUCUUUGAUGGAAAUCGAAAAAAGGCUUAA